UCACAAGAUCUGCAGUGUGUGUGUGUGCGCUGUCGGUGUGUUUUUAAAUUGUCGGGAAGGUGGAAUUGCGAUUUUAUACAAAGUUGAAGAAUGUCUUCUGAUUCUGGUUACGGUCAGCCAGGUGCACAGCAACAAAGUUAUGCAUCAUAUGGCGCCCCUCCUAGCCAAGGCUACCAGCAGAGUGCACAGAGCUAUGGUCAGGGGAAUGAUGGGUCUUCGUACGGUGGACAGAGCUAUGGCUCUGGGUACGGACAGCAAGCAGAGAGCUACGGACAGACUGCACAAAGCUACUCCUCUGGCGGGUACAGUCACCAGCCUCAGCAGGGGUAUGAUAACUUUGGGCAGCAGAGCACAGAUACCUCAGGAGGGUAUGGCGGCAAGUCAUCUUAUGGACAGCAGUCUGGAUAUGGAGACCAAGGAUCCUAUGGACAAUCUCAAGGGGGUUAUGGAAGGAGGAAUGAAGGUGACAAUGGUCAGGGGAUGAGGAGGUAUGGGGGAGAUGACGGGGGCCGGUCUGAUGGCUAUGGCUACGGCUACAGAGGCAGAGGGCGUGGAGGAUACGACCGGGAUGGAAGAGGAGGGGGUAUGGGAGGUGGUGACCGUGGUGGCUUCAAAAAUUACGGUGGCCCGAGAGAUGAUGGGCCAAGACAUGACUCAGGCGGGGAUCAGGACAACUCCGACAACAACACCAUCUUCGUCCAAGGACUCGGAGAAGACGUCUCCACUCGCGAAGUUGCAGACUACUUCAAACAGAUUGGCAUCAUCAAGCUGAACAAGAAAACAGGGCUUCCCAUGAUUAAUUUAUACACUGACAAAGCCACUGGGAGACUGAAAGGAGAAGCCACCGUGUCAUUUGACGACCCUCCUUCUGCCAAGGCUGCAAUUGAUUGGUUUGAUGGGAAGGAGUUCAACGGGCGACCCAUCAAGGUGUCAUUCGCAACUCGAAGGGCAGAGUUCAUGCAGAGAGGGGGCAGAGGACGCGGAGGGUUCAGAGGUCGUGGAGGUUUUGGUGGCGGCCCUUCUUUUGAUGUGAAGGGAGGCGAUUGGCCCUGUCCUAACAGUUCUUGUGGCAAUAUGAACUUUGCAAGAAGGACAGAGUGCAACAAGUGUGGCACACCCAAACCUGGCGAUGGGUUUGGAGAUCGUGGUGGACGAGGUGGGUAUGGAGGUGACAGAGGCGGAUUCAGGGGCCGAGGUGGAUUCCGUGGCGGCGAUCGUGGCGGGUACGGAGGGGACCGCGGUGGAUACGGAGGGGACCGCGGUGGAUAUGGAGGUGACCGCGGUGGUUAUGGAGGCGACCGCGGCGGCUUCGGCGGCGAGCGUGGAGGCUAUGGAGGCUUCAAGAUGGGUGGAAGAGGCGAUCACAGAGAAGAGAGGCGAGACAGGCCAUAUUGAGGAUUCCAACAAUACUCAUUCCAGUCUGGGGUUUAGAGGGCGGGGCUAGAUCUGCGUUCCCAUUCACGUACCUUUCAUUGUCAGAGCGUCCGUGUACUGCUCCCAACUUGUCUGAUGGUGGAAAAAUGUGCAGCUACUGUGAAGGAACUUCUGGGUUGGGUGGGGGGUUUGGGGUGGACAGUGUUGACAAGAUGUCAUGCAUUUUUUUUCCUUUACUUUUUUUGUUAGGUUUGUUUUUUUCCCAUUUCUGUAGUUCGAACAGGUUGAAAUAUGGAGCGUUAACGUAGACUUGUAAAAUACUGCAUUGCCAAAUUGCAUUUUGUAAAAUG